AUGAUCGCGUCAAUCAUCAAGACAGUCCAGUUAAGAGCAAUCACUGCAAAGGCUGAUAUCACCUAUGCCAUGGCUCAGCUCGCCAUCUGGUGGACACUGGAGGCAUACCUGGUCAUCAUCGCGACCUCGAUACCCACUCUCAGGCCGAUAAUGACGCCCAACAGGUCUGGAACUAGGCCAAGAGGUAGCUCUAUCAAGAGAUCUACCAUGAUUCACUCCCAUCAGUCUAGCUACGGACACAGUAGACAGUUCGAGCGGAUAGAAGACUCCCAACUUCUAGAGAGCGGCUCCCGGACGAGUACCCCUUACGCCGGUGAUGCUUAUAUCAUGGAAGAAGGACGCAGUCUGGACCGCAAUAACCUGGAAAGACUGGAGGGGAUAGAGAAGACAACGACCAUCGGCGUCACUUAUGCUGAUGCCACCAAGUCCGAUCCCAAGCUGCGACUUGGAGCUGAUUUCCGAUGA